CUUAAAACAAUUGCGAUGCGAUAUGACGUUUCGUCUGUCGCAACUGUUGGAAACUGCGACAAGGAAGAAAUUUCGUGAGACCGAGAUGGAUAAGAAGGAGCCGGAGGAUGCGUUCAAGUACCACAAGUACUUGAAGCCGCUGGUGAGGUCGGUCUCGACGAGGAUCUCGAUCGCGCACACCAAGUCCGCGAAGCGCGUCCUCGCACCGUACGUGAAUCUGAUGCGCAGAGGACGUCGAGUGACUCUUCGUCGUGGCCGCGAUAAGUUCAACUUUUUCCUCUCCAAGAGAUCGAGCGUGCUGAUGAAGAACCUCACCGUCUUCAUGGCGAACAGCAACGAGUUGCCGUUGCUUCUGCACGAGACCACAGAUGUUUUGAAAUCCUUGACGAAUUCUUUGGGAGCAAGACUUUACAUUAUAGAUCAAUCCACGAAUCAGCUUUACCUGUACCAGCACAACGCGCCUUACAAGAAAUGCAGGGUCAAUUACGAGAUCGAAGCCGGUAAAUCUUUGGCCGCGUACGUUGCUAAAGUGAAGGAGUACGUUAUGGUGGCGGACGUUACCAAAGAUCGUAGAUUUCCAGAAGGCGUCACCUACAAAGAUAACGUGAAAUCUGUGCUAUGCGUUCCUGUGAUGAGCAACUCCGAUUGCUUCGCCGUGGUGGAGUUGUAUCGCGAGACGGAUCAGGAUCCUUAUGAGAAGCACGAUCUGAAGAUUGUCGUUUUGGUGUGCGGUUGGGUGGGUUUGGCCAUCCAACAGAAUCGAGAAGGUAUGGUUCUGCACAAGCAGCAGGAGAUCAACGAUGAUCUUCUGCAGCUUGUGUUGGCCUUCUACGGGAAUACGGUGACUUUCGAGAACGUUCUUGCUGAAAUGCUGAAUUAUGCAAAGACGCAGCUGAACGCCGAAAAAGGAGCAGUUUACGUGAUAGAGAAGGAUCGGACAGAUUUCUUUGCUGAUGUUUACGAUGAGGGAAUCAUGGCCGGAAAGAAUUCGCUGAUAAAGAAGAAGUUGAGAGUAAAAUUUGGAAAGGAGAAGACGGUGGCAAGUUGGGUGGCCAACCAUUGCGAACUGCUCAACGUUAGAGACGUUUACAAUGAUCCCAGGUUCACCAAGGAGAUCAGCAAAGAUGACGAUCAGAUGGUCAUCAAUCGUACUGAACUCUGCAUGCCGAUGAUGGGACGACACGGAAUUAUGGGUAUAAUUACUUUGAUUAACAAGAAGAACGGAUUUUACUUUACGCAAACUGAUGAACACCUGAUGCAGACCAUCGCCACUUACUGUUCACUGGCUCUGCACUAUCAGAGGUCCCUGGAAGCUAACGAAUAUUCGAAAUUGAGGAUCGAGCAGAACGAUGAUUUAAUUGCUCACCACCUGAAGCCCUGUCCGCACAGCUUGAUGGAAAUGGAAAACGACGAAUUCAGUCUGCCCAGGAAUUUCAAAGAUUUCAAUUGGUACAUAAUGAACGAUGACAUCGAAAUGAUGCCCAAGCUCUGCGUGCACAUGUUUCGUGAUCUCUUCGGGGAUGAAAUCAUCAAUAGGUCUGAACUGGACAAGUUCAUUAUAACAUUGAGAAAUAGCUACAGGGAUAUUCCAUACCAUAAUUUUGAGCACGCUUUCAACGUCAGUCACUGCAUCUAUUCGAUCUUGAAUAGAAACAAGGAAUCUUUUAGCUUGAUCGAGUUGCAAGCGCUGAUGGUGGCAGCAACUGUCCACGACGUCGACCACAAGGGCUUCACCAACAGCUACUUAUGUAACACCAAGCAUUAUUUGGCAAGGCUGUACCAGGACGCGCCUUGGGAGAACCAUCAUUUCUACGUUGCCAACAAAAUACUCUCGUUGUACAACAUAUUUAACAAUAUGGAGGAUAGACAUAAGAGGAAGACUUACAUGGAGUUGAUAGAGCGCGCCGUCCUCGACACGGACUUGGUGAACUACUUCAAGUCGCGCAGCAAGAUGAUACCGCUCCUGGCCAACGAAGAGUUCGACCUGAAGGUAGCCGAACACAUGCAACUGCUGAAGGCCAUAAUUAUGACCGUUUCGGACCUCUCGGUGAUGUGCAAACCCUUCUCUGUGCAGCUGCGCGUCUCCUCCUGCCUCUACAAGGAGUUUUACAAUCAGGGCGACAUCGAGAAAUCGUUGGGACUGCUGCCUCUCUCCAUGAUGGACAGAGAUAAACAGUCGAACGUGCCCGACGAUCAGAUGAAUUUCAUCACGAUCGUCGUGAUGCCGGCGAUGACCUUGCUGAAGAAGGUCUUUCCGAACACUGAGGCGCUCUUCACGAAUGCCGAGCUGCUGAGGGACACGUGGAGGAAGAUUAUCGAUUCGAGGGGCGAAAAACUGUGGCGACAGUGCGACUCCGUCGUCUCCUGAGCGACCAUCAUCGUUACAUUCAUCAAAAAAUAUAUUUUACGUACAAUAAAAUAAAUACUUCAUUUCUUUCGA